AUGCAUUCUCAAGGCAGCUCACUCGCCAACGUUCAUCGUCAGGCAGGCUGUGUUGCCCAAAACAAGCACCUCCGACAAUACAUCAAGUCACUCAACAAGAAGAUCAGAAUUCAUGAAAAGCAGUCCGCCAAGGCUGCUUUGUCAGGCGAGGAGGAGAAUGAUGAUGGGAGAGAGGCGGAGGAGGAGGAUGACGAGGAACAUGAGGAGGAGGAAGAUGAGGGGGAGGAGGAGGGGGAAGAGGAGGACGGCGACGGUGCAAGACACGAGGAUGCAGGAAACGAGGAACCCCGACAAGUCAGGCCACAGCGUCGUGCAAUCAGUCCCCAAGAAGAAGCACGACUCAAGGCUCGAUUGCUUCUUGCUCGCCCUCUGAUCAUGGAUGGUAUCAAGAACGCUGGACGAACCAACGUCUCGUGCGAUGGUGCCCUUGCUGCCCCUGGGGUUGUAAUUCCAGGCCUUGAAAGCAUCUCACACAAGCUCCGGGCCCAUCAGCUUGAUGGUAUCGUUCGGUACGAACGUGCCAUGCGCAAGCACAAGGGUGUCAUCAUUCUCGCUGAUGAUUUGGAGAUUGGGAGGACGUGGAUCAUCCUGGGCGUUAUCCAGCGCAGUGUUAACGAGGCGAACCGCACGGGCAGAAGCGUKCUUUUCGGCCUUGCCCUCCCGAGACACAUCAUAUCAACCUGGAAGAAGCAACUCGCCAUGUCAUCGACACUCCGCGUUGCGGACUACGAUGAUAAGAAGGUCAAGGCUAUGUCUGCCGCAGAGAUCAAACAAGCUUACGAUGUGAUCAUCAUGCCCACCGGAUGCCUCUCUCGGGACUACGGGACAAUACUCCACAUCUACAACUCUCGACAGGCUCGGAAGGAGGGCCUCGAAGACAAGAUCAAAGAAAAGAUCAGCAAGUUGCCCAAUGGUACAGCCUUGGUCGACGCUGAUCACGAGAUCCCUGAUUUCCUGCUCUUCUCGCUCGACUUGGACCAACUGAUCGUUGACGAGGCGCAGUGCAUCAAGGACCCCAAUAGUGUAUUGGCCCAAGCUCUGCACGCCAUGUCCGCAAAUGGACGCGCUGCAUUGCCCGGAGUGCCGUUGCAGAAUAACGUGAAUGAGUUCGGCGCACUCCUCAUGUUCCUCCGCAUCGAGCCUUUUUGCAAUCUACCGCUGUUCCGAGCUUGUUUCACCAACAAGCGGAAAGGCGGAAAGAAGCUGGAACCCUCAACCAAGCUUAACAACAUCCGCAACGAUGCCAUUCUUUCGGCCAUACGAAGCUCGCUUUGUAUUCGGCGCACGGCAGAUCAAGAUUUCGACGGCGACCCAAUUACUGCUCAGCCCAUCAUAUCUACCGCCCGCACUGUCAUAAUCAAGCAAUCAUCGGCAGGGCGUGAGUUUCAGCUCCAGACCCGCGAUAUCUGGGACAAGAAUUGGAAAAAAGACAUCCUCAAGAAAGCGAAACAAGCCAGAGAUACGAUGGACCCUCUGAGUGAGGAGUACCGCAAGCGAAUGGAUGCUGUGGCGGAACUUCCUGUGCGUAGCCCUUCGGACAUUCUUCGUGAUGUGCUCCACGCGCGCUUGAAUGUCAUCCACCCUGCUCUGAAAGAUGCCAAAUACAGCGUGGAUGUUUACAGCCCCGAGGAGUUCGCUCGAGGCGUCAUGGCACCGGGCAUCAACCCGAAUGAUAUCGAGAUCCCCAACCAGCGGAGUACCAAUCUCAAGAGGUGCAAGAAGCUGACGCAGCAGCAAGCUGCUUUGCUCUCCAAGCGACGACUGGAAUUUCUUAACGACUACCGGAAAAACAUCAGUGGCGCAGGUUGGCGAUCGGAUCGCAUAUGCGGGGUUGUGGAGGACGUCGUUGAGGUGCUCAAGCAGCACAAGGAAGGAGCAGCCAAGCUUCCCAAAUCGAAGCGACACGAGUUUGUCGCCAGCCACAAAAUCCUCGUGUUCUGCGAGUUCUUGGCAGGCUUGGACCUCAUCUCUAUCGGCCUGGAGCAGUCUGGAAUCAAGCACUCGCGCUUUGAUGGCAGCCUCAGCGAAGAGCAACGCGACAUGGCCCGCAACCGAUUCGAAGAGGUUGGCAAGGACUUUACUCUGCCCGAUACCCGUCCAGACGAGAAUCUUGUCAUGCUGGUGACAACCAAGACUGGAAGCGAGGGACUCACGCUGAUCCAUGGCACCGACGUCAUGCUGGUGUCUCCAAUCUGGAACCCGUACACCGAAGACCAGAUCAUUUCACGAGAACUUCGGCUGGGACAAGUGCACCCAGUCACGGUCCAUCACUUUUCCAGUGACGACUCGAUCGAAGAACGAGUGCACUUCGCCAUGGAGACGAAGCGCUUCGCCGUCGAGCAGGUCUUGAGCGACAAAAUCAUUCUGAAGCAUCGUCACGCCUUGGUGACUGCCAACAACGAUGACCUGCUUGAGAUGCUUGGGUACGGCCGCUGCAAGAACGCAAUGGCCACUGGCAAGCUGUUUUUGUAA